GUGUCGUCAGGAGGGGUGUGACCCCACCUGGCCUCCCUGGUACUGGCCCAACUGUCUGGUCGUAACAUCAGGUCUCCUCUCCUUUGGCCAAGUCCCUUUGGCCUUUAAGUAUCGCGUAGCCAAACCUAAACCUGGUCGUUCGUCGACAGAGCGCCGAUCCGCCCUCCUCUCUUCUCUCCUGGCGUCAACGGUGGAGAUGCCUUCUUGUUCCUCGUGUGAGUCUCGUGGGGUGGCCAAAUGUUCGGUCUCUCCCCAGGAUUCUUCUCGCUGUGUGGAGUGCUUGCGUUUCAAUCGUCCUGGUUGUGACGUGCUGGGCUUUUCUUCCGCGAAAAUCCGGAGUAUUGGCCUUCAGCAUGCUCGGAUGGAAUCCGAAAUGGAGGCCGCUGAGGAGGCGCGUCGUCAGAUUGAUGCGAAGAUUGAGCGCCUUCGAAAACAAAAGCGGAUGUGGUUUGAAAAGAUGAUGCGAGCUGUGUCUCGCGGAAUUGAUGACUUGGAGGAAUUGGAUCGGGUGGAGCGUGAGGAGGCGGAACAGGAGGAGCGUCGACGAUCAACCGAGGUCCUGCCUGAAGUGUCCUUGGAGUCGCUUCUUCCGGAUUCCAAUUUUGUCUGGGAUUCGACUUUCCCGAUGGGUCCUCUAAAUCCUUCGUUGUUGGAUGAGAUGAAUGUUCUUGCGCAACAUUCCGUUGGUUCGUCUGGUGGUAUGGUUUCAAGUCCUGGUCGGCCCUUAACUUCUGGGAAUGAUCCAACUCCUGAUAGUAUUGGCGGAGCGGUUCCUGGCAAUCCUGGAGGUGGUUAAGGGGUUCCCAAGUGUUUUCUUCAUGUCCGUAGUUUUCCCAUUUAACAAGGUAUUCUGUUUUGCCGUGGUUGCGUCUGUGGUCGAGUAUUCGUUCAACGUCGUAAGUUUGUUCUGCGUCGAUCUCGAUCGUUUCUUGUGUGCUGGUGCCGUGUGGUGCCGGCUCCAGUAGU